AUGGCUCUUGAGGGCGCUUUCCUGUACAUCAAAGCAUCACCGACAUUCCGGUGGAAGAUACGACUACCUGUUUGGCUCCUCAUUGGCUGGGGCUGCCCGUUGGUUAUAGUGGGAAUGUCAGUAGCAGCUCGUAUGCAUAACUACACCAGACACACCAGUUGCUGGUUGUCUUUUGAAGAUGGUUUCAUUUGGUCGUUCCUAGCUCCAGUUCUUUUAAUAAUCACGGGGAAUACUCUUGUGUUGAUACGCCUCCUAGUUGUAUUCAUGUCACUCAAGACUAACCAGGAUAAAACAGAAAGGAUGAAAAUGAAAGCUGGACUGCGACUAAUUAUCAUACUGGAACCCCUGCUCGGCCUGCCGUGGAUUUUUGGCUUCGUUUUUGCCGGAAAUAUAGUCUUCACCUACUUCUUUGUGAUAUUCAACUCCUUGCAGGGACUUUUUGUGUUCCUCUCACAAUGUGUGUUUGAUAAAGAGGUCAGACAGAAGUUUAAUCAGAAAUCAUCCAAAGUCCAAAACAUAUCAUUUACCCAGGACUCCACUAAAGCCACGGAAGUGGCCAAGGUGUCAGGGAUUUGAUCGAGUCAGUGGAUACCACACUUAGGACGUAUUGAUCAGCACAAUCAACUUCACACAGAUUGAUGAGUCUAAGUUUAUUGACUAUCUGGUUGAUAACAUAAUAAUAAUAAUUACACAGCAUUUAUAAAGUCGCACUAAAUCUGGUGUAAAACCAUUCAAAGGCGCCAGUCAAGAAGGAAAAGAGGAAAUUCUCAAGUGUUAGGGAAAGCAAGAGUGAACAGGCGUGUCUUAAGUUGCUGCUGAAAGAUGCUAUGUCAGAUGUUUGGCCCCAAACAUUAAAACAUAGAUUUGUUUGAUUGAAUGGUAUUUGAAAGAGUAUCACCCGCUCUAACGAAAAGAAGUUUAACUUUUACUUUUAAUGGU